GCAAAGCAAAGCAAAGAACACCACAAGCCUUAAACGAUAGAACUAAUAGUUCAGCUGCUUCUUGAAGUUCUGUGGCCUGAAAUUGAUAUGGGUGUUCUCGAAACCCUAACGAUCCUUCUUUCAUGCUCUCUUUGUUUGUACCUUCUGUUUUUUCUCAUCAAGCUCCUUCACAGAAUAUGGUGGACUCCAUUUCGCAUUCAACGCGUGAUGAAUUCACAGGGAAUCAGAGGCCCUUCUUACAGACUCGUCCAUGGAAAUACGAAAGAGGUCCUCAAUAUGAGAACAGCAACCAGGAGCAAACCGAUGGGUUUAUCGCACAACAUAUUCCCCAGACUCCAACCUCAUCUACAUUCUUGGCUCAACAUAUACGGGAGAAAUGUACUUAUGUGGUAUGGUCCCCAAGCUCUGUUAGUGAUCACAGAACCAGAGUAUGCCAAGGAAGUACUUAACGACAAGGAAAAGAGUUACCCGAAAUCAGUUACUAAUGACUUCUUAAAGAAGCUGUUAGGGGAUGGGCUUGUGACAUCUAAAGGUGAAAAAUGGGCAAAGCAAAGGAAACUGGCCAGCCACGCUUUCUAUGCAGAGAGCCUAAAAAACAUGGUUCCGGCGAUGAUUCAGAGUGUUGAGAUGAUGCUAGAAAGGUGGAAACAUCACGAAGGCAAAGAGAUUGAGGUGUUUGAAGAGUUUAAAGUAUUAACAUCAGAAGUCAUUUCGAGGACAGCUUUUGGCAGUAGUUAUUUAGAAGGGAAAGGUAUAUUCGAGAUGUUGACGAAGAUGGUAACCUUAUUUUCCAGGAAUCUUUUCAAAAUCAGGCUUCCUGGCCUUAGCCUGUUUUGGAAGAGUACCGAUGAUGAAGAAUCAGAUAAACUUGAACAAGGAAUAAGAGAUUCUAUUAUAGGGAUUAUAAGGAAACGAGAAAAAGUUUUGACAGAACAGGGAAACUUCGGGACUGAUCUGCUUGGACUACUUAUGGAGGCAUAUAACGAUCCUGCCGACACGAAUAGGAUUACACUGAAAGAUGUGGUUGAUGAGUGUAAGACCUUCUACAUUGCCGGACAUGAAACAACCACCAACUUGCUCUCGUGGGCCACUCUCCUUCUAGCAAUCGAUACGGAGUGGCAAGACAAAUUACGGAAGGAGGUUUUUGAGUUAUUUGGAAAGCAGAAGCCAAAUGCAGAAGGCAUUGCAAGAAUGAAAAGGAUGACCAUGGUCAUCAAUGAGACCCUAAGACUGUAUCCUUCAGUCAUCAGUUUUCAGAGGAAAGUAGGACGGGAAAGCAAAUUGGGAAGGUUUGUUCUUCCAGCCAAUAUCACCGUGACCAUUCCGACACUGUCUCUUCAUCUUGAUCCUCACAUUUGGGGAGAAGACGCGCAUCUCUUCAAUCCAGAAAGAUUUUCAGGAGGGGUUGCUAAAGCUACCAACAACAACCCGGCAGUGUACCUUCCCUUUGGUCUGGGACCACGCAAUUGUGUAGGCAUGAACUUCGCGAUCAAUGAAGCAAAAAUCGCUAUCUCAAUGAUUCUGCAACGCUACGCCUUCACGCUAUCCCCAACCUAUAUUCACUCGCCAACUAUGCGUUUGACGGUUUGUCCAGAACAUGGCAUUCAGGUGAUGCUUCACCCUCUCUAGCAUGUACCAAGGUGUGCGCCAGGGGCAAAGCAGUCUUAGAUUUCAAGCAAACCAAUGUGUUUUCCCUGAGAAGGAUAUUGAAGGUCCUUGAGAAAAAGGAUAUUACUUACUUAUGUACAUAAAUUUUAAUGAUAAUACGAUACCAUCGUAUAUUGUAAUGAUCGAUUCUGAUCUUUCUGGUUA